AGUAGCCUCGGCAACGGCUGAGACGACAGAGCUCUGGCAGCGUUCGACGUUUCCGUUUCUCUAUGGGUUCCGCAGAACUGCUGGCACGGUGUUUCGUAGUUGACGUACUCGCCGUUCCCCAUGGCUUCUCAAGGCAAGAGGCACACGCUGUGUGGUUUUACCGAGGGACUGGACUGGAGACCGCUGCACUUCGUCGACCUUAUUCCUUCGCACAGAAUAUGCAACGCGUGUGGUGUGCUGCCCAGAGUGACCGUUUUUCUGCCCUGUCGACACGCGCUGUGCAAAAGCUGCUACGAGCAGUGCGCACUCGACGACGGACACGCCUGUCCGCUCGACGGUGACCAGUUUCUCGAAGACGACGCUGACUGGAGAGAAUUUCCUUUGCAGAACCUGCUCCGGCGGAAGGUGAAAUGCUGGAAUGAGGAACAUGGCUGCGACAUGGUUUUCGCUGCGUCUGAGCUGAAUAAGCAUUUCUGCAAUGACUGUGACUACCACGUUAUGCCGUGCCCUAAAUGUUCAAAGCUAGUGCUCCGUAGUAAUGUGUCAGUGCAUUUACAAAGCAAAUGUCGAGACUAUGCGGUGUGUCUGGCUUCCGAGGCUCUAGAAAAGUCCGGCAGUGACGAAAAAUCAGUCUUCACGGUUCUGAAUGCAAGCUUAGACAAGCGAGUGGUCGAAAUAAAAGACAAGCUAGACCAUAUUAUUAGUGAUAUUGCCCAGAAUGACCGCCUAAAUGAAAUUUCACAUUGCAUAAACAACGUCAAAGAAAUACUGCUACAACAGUCAAACGGAAGUAGUACAUUGAAUCACCGUGCUUCCCAAUCUGCAGUUACUGAGAAAGUAGGGCCGAUGGAAAUGAAUAAAGAAAAAGAACUGGCCUUUACCACAAUCAGCAUUAAGCGGUAUGCGUUUCUUGCUAAGGGAUUCAAAGCAAUGAAAGACAGUGCCCAUUUAGAAGGGUUUCAUAUUUACUUCAGUGAAAAAAUCUACAUCUCAGGCUAUCACUUAUCACCAGGAGUGCGCUUUACAAAAGAUGGAGAUGAUGUGUCACUGCACGCUAGUAUUCAGCUGCACAAGGGUGUGAUCGACGAAUUUCUUCAGUGGCCUUUCAGUAGCAGCAUUAGGAUGACCGUCACACAUCCAUCCCAAAGCAAACAGUGCCAGAUGGUGUGGCAUAAUGCCAGUGAACUUGAGUUCUUUCGAAGACCCGAAGAUUCAAGCAACGAAAGCGUUUAUAGCGCAUACGGUUUAUUUAGCCUAAAUGACCUUGAAUGUGAAGGGUACGUCGAGGACGACAAUCUUCAUAUACUGUGGGAGCUUUUCUGAAUAAAAGAGUGGGGAAUUCGGCGUGUUCUAUUAAGUA